AUGCGUCUAAAUUGGAACCUCUUAUCGACCGUCCUGCUGCUUGGUUCAACGGUUUCUGGCCUAAGAUCACCUAGAUCGUAUUAUCGCCGUAGCUAUUAUAGUGCAGCUGCUGUCGGUCCUCCUCCAGGCUCUACUUUGAGAUUAAUACGUCAAGGACCUCCCAGCUAUCCGCGUGCCGAUCUUCAAACCAAUGAGAGUAAGCGUCGGGAUGUAACCAAAAAGUAUCCCAAGAAAACCCAUUACCGACCCUACGAAUCAGAAGAGGAUAAUUAUUCUGGUGAGCGUUACAACUCAGCCGAAUAUUCUGGAGAGUCAUCAGUGCAGGAUAGCCGAGAGUAUACAAUUGGAACCCAGAUACGAGUCCAACAUCCCAUUACGAUACCCAAAAAGGCUAGUUCCAGUGCCUCAUAUGGCAAGCCACAUAAAUAUGUAACACCUGUUCCAUACAAGAGCAGCAGCGGUGGGGGAGGAGGAGGAAGCGGAUAUGUGUCUGAUGUGCAUAUCGCUUCGGGGGAAGAGCUCUCACCACCCAAGCGUACCAAAUGGACGCCUGUGCAGUAUGAACCAGAACCCGAUCCCUUCCACUUGGUGCCGCCGCCGAGGGCUACGGUGGCCUCCAGUAGCAAUUCCUACAGUGUUUUCGAACCCGAUAACGAUGAUUACGAUGUGGUGCCAUUGCAGCGUCCCAAAAACCAUGAUCGCUAUAAAAAUGUGGCCUCCAAAAAGCAAAUCGAAGCCUAUUUGGAGGAUCAACAAAAACUUCUGGACGAUGCCAUUAAACUGCAAUUGCUAAAUAAUCCGAAAUUGAAAAAGUUCUUAAAGGAGCAAGCCCAGGAAGCUCAUGAUGCCAGACCCGAUCUUGAUAUUGAGGAUUUUGAAUCGUAUCCACCGAAUUUCUCUGGUCCCGGUCCGUUGCGUAGUAAAUACAAUGACGACAAUGGCCCACCGCCCCAUCCGCCCAAAGGACGACGUACUCGUCGCCGUCCACCUCCAAGGGCAGAUCUGAAAAGGCCAUCCAUUCCGAAGCACAUAAUCAAACCGAAACGCAAAUAUCGAUCCACAGCGUUGGUCAUCAAUGUGUAA